UCCAAUUUUCCAAAUGAAGCGCUAUCAACAACUGACCGCAUCAUAGCAAUGCAGUACCGAGUGAUGGCCACAGCAUUAGAAACAAUAGACCAUCCCGCAGAUGCUGUAGCACCAUGUAAAGUGUGUAUUGAAAAGCUAAAUGGUCUGCCAGUGGUUCAGCAAAGUCUUCAACAACAGCUCAAAACAGGAAUCAGGGCAGUAAAGAGUUUAUUUAACAAAGAACGCUGGAAAGUUAUUUCCGGUGUAUAUCUUGGUAAUUGUCUCGCCCACGAUAUCACACAAACAAUAUCCGUUAAAGAAUCAUUGCCACAAUGGCCCGAGAUUGAUGCAGGAAAGGAGAGAGUUGAUCUGCUGCGAGAUCGGAGAUUAAGAGAAAUACUCGGUGAACAGGGAAUGGAGAACUGUUGUGUAUCAUGGAUACUUGGUCAUGAUGGCGUAGAGGUUCACGGGUUAAAUAAUCCGCGUGGUAUCACUACCAACUCAAGCGGGCAAUAUAUUGUAGCAUGCAAUGACUUGACAAUCAAAGUGUUCAACAACAAUGGCAAUUUUGUGAGACGUUUCAGAAUUCCUCCUCUUAUUGAUGACAGCGGUAAGGUGCUAUUAAUUAAAACCUGGUCGUUUCCUCUGGCCACAGACACGAAUGACAACAUUUAUGUCCUGGUCAGCGAGGAGAGUCGUAUGGACUCAAACUGGAUUUUUAGGUUUAACAAAACCGCUGACCAGCAUCACACGCUUCAAAUCAGGAGGAUGGGCUUCGACUUUAAGCUAUGUAAAUUGUCAGUCAGUGAUAGUGGUAAAAUGCUGGUACUGAAGAGUUACUGUAAAGAAAAUUUUGGGAUUGUAAAUGUAUAUGAGACUAAUGGUGAGUUUGUUUGCAGUUUUGGAGAACAAAUCUUGAGGAGCCCGUACGACAUCACUACUGUAAGUGACGGCAGAGUUAUGGUGGUGCAAGGAUGCGCUUCGUCGCGUGUUCACAUAUUCAGCGAACAAGGUGAUUAUAUAAACAAGUUCAAUUUGCCAAUGUCUACGACCUAUCCAAAAAUUGCUUUUCACAAGGGAAGUCAACAAGUCAUUGUGGCCGCUCUUAACGAAUAUAUUUCAGACCUCCUGACUAAACUAAUACGCACCAAAGAUGGUGAGUUUGUGCAAAGUACUGUUAUCCCUAUGGGAGAGUCCGUUAUUCUGGAUGGGAUUGCAGUGACCACUGAGGGACGCAUUGCAGUACUAACCCAGCAUGAAGAUGCAGCACGCAAAGUAAUCAUUAUUUUAAAAUGA